AUGAGGCAUUUCACCUUCAUUUCUCUUGCCCUUACCGGCUUUUCUACGGUCACCAAUGCAUUCCAAGCAAUUGGAACCGAUUAUUCGACUAUUGUUUCACAAAAAUUGUUUUCAGACGGGAAAAGCCUAUACCUUGGUGAUUAUACCCUCUUGGGCAGUAGCGAGGCUGCACCUGUGGAGCUUGACAAUUCCGUUGCAACUGCGUGGGUAGCCACUCCUGUUGCGACUAGCGAUACCACUCCCACCUGGUCCGGUCUCUAUCUUGCCGUGCCCUCAUCAACGGAGGUUGGGUAUUCCGCUGUUCUUCUAGACCCUUCUACCGACCUUUCCAACUACUGGCAUGAAUUCUAUGUUUACAACCCUUACAUUUUCGUCCAGACCGAUAGCUUUGGAUUGAAGGAUUACUGGUACGCCGUGAAAUCUGGAAUUGACGGCGUUUGGAAGUUGGAGUGGCAGAGCAGCGGCGAUGAUGCUACUCGCAUUACACUGCGAAAAUCUUCGUAG